AACCUGUGCGCUACUAACUUCCCAGUUGGCCUACAAAAACACGUCAUCUGAGGUACUCUAUGGACCACAGAUUUAUUGACCAGAGUGACGGCCAUGAAUCUCCGCCUCUUUAACGUAUAUGCAGGGGUCGAGGGGUGUGGUGAAGUGUUUGUGUGGAGAGACCAGCAUCUAUAAACUUCACUCUCUGCUUCACACUAGGUACUAGUCUGACAGUUGUGUAUCAUCAUGGCUAAACGUGUUGCUGUGAUUGGUGGAGGAGCCUCUGGGCUGACCUGCAUCAAAUGCUGCCUGGAUGAAGGCCUGGAGCCAGUGUGUUUUGAGACCAGUGAUGACAUUGGAGGUCUUUGGAGGUUUAAGGAAAAUCCUGAUCCUGAUCGUGCUAGCAUUUAUCACUCUUUGAUUAUCAACACUUCAAAGGAGAUGAUGUGCUACAGUGAUUUCCCCAUCCCUGCUCACUUCCCAAACUACAUGCACAACUCCCUGAUCAUGGACUACUUCCGAAUGUACGCUGAGCACUUCCAGCUCAAACGGCACAUCCGUUUCCAGACAAAAGUCCUUCAUGUUACACCAAGGCCAGACUUCCCUCACUCUGGACAGUGGGAUGUAGAGAUAGAGUCCAAGGAUGGUCAGAGAGAGAAGCAGGUGUUUGAUGCUGUGAUGGUCUGCACCGGUCACCACUGUCACCCUCACCUCCCUCUAAAGGACUUUCCAGGAAUAGACACAUUCAAGGGGAAAUACUUCCACAGCCGUGACUACAAAACCCCUGAAGAAUGGCGAGGGAAGAGGGUAGUUGUGAUUGGCAUUGGGAACUCUGGAGGAGAUAUUGCUGUAGAGCUGAGCAGAAUGGCCAAACAGGUUUAUCUGAGCACCCGAAAGGGAUCUUGGAUACUAAAUCGUGUUGGAGACAAUGGUCUUCCAUCAGAUAUGGUGUAUAAAAACAGAAUGCGUGGUUGGAUUAUUCAAAUGUUGCCUGUUGGAUUUAUCAAUGGUGUGAGAGAGAAACAACUUAAUAAACGGUUUGACCACAAGCUCUAUGGGCUCCAGCCUGCGCACAGAGUUUUCAGCCAACAUCCCAUGGACAAUGAUGAUUUACCAAACCGGAUCCUCUCCGGUACCAUCUCGGUCAAGCCGAAUGUACAAGAGUUUCAUGGAUCAAGUGUGGUUUUUGAGGAUGGCACAGUUGAGGAUGAUAUUGAUCUGGUGGUUUUUGCCACAGGCUACACUUUCUCAUUCCCCUUCCUGUCUUCACAUGUAAUUCCUGUCUCAAAGAACAAGGUAUCCCUGUACAAAUACAUGUAUCCCCCAGCACUAGAGCACCCAACUUUAGCCGUGAUUGGUCUGGUCCAGCCUCUGGGAGCCAUUAUGCCCAUCUCUGAGAUGCAAGCGCGCUGGGCGACACGUGUUUUUAAAGGACUGUGUAAACUGCCUCCAAUGAGUGCAAUGUUGAAGGACAUUAAAGCAAAAGAGGAAGCAAUGGCUCAAAGGUAUGUGGCCGCCCAGAGACACACCAUCCAGGUGGACUACAUCCCCUACAUGGAUGAGUUGGCUAAACAAGUGGGUGUCCGUCCUUCUAUCCUGAAGCUGCUCCUGACAGACCCUAGACUGGCUCUGAACAUCAUCUUUGGGCCCUGCACCCCGUACCAGUUUCGCUUACACGGACCGGGCCAAUGGGAAGGUGCGCGUCAGGCCAUCCUGACUCAGUGGGAUCGAGUCACCGAGCCUCUGAAAACACGCUGUGCACCGGAGCCGCAGUGCUCCUCUUAUUCACUCAUAUUCUCAGUGUCAGUUGCAGCGCUGCUGUCUGCUCUGUAUUACAGCAGGGCCAGUCUGCACACGCUCAUAGCAGACCCUUCAUCACUCCUGGACAAGAUCAGGGCUCUUCUACCAUUGCCAGUGAACACACAGUGAUCAUGAAAUAUAUAUCAGAAAAUUAACAUACUUUAUUUGAGAUCUAAUAUCAUAAGAAGUGUGCUUCAAUUAGGGCAAAUUGUAGUCAACAUCAUGAAAAUGUUAUAAUUGACACAUUACUUAUAUAAAAUACUUGAUACUGAAUCACAAAGUGCCUUAAGAUUUGAAACAGUUUGUGUAUAAUGAACAUUUAAGUUCAUUGUAAAAUAACUGAUUUUAUGUGCAGUUGUGUAUGUAAUUAUGUUGCACUAUCAAACUGGGUUAAAAUUUCAAGUAUUAAUGGUGCAUCACUCUCACUAGACUAGACCGCUUGAUAGAGAAAGUAAAGGAACUUUCUGAAAAAUGUCCAAGUGGCAGUAAAUAAAUAAUAAAUAGAAGAGGCCCCAAGACUGAACCUUGGGGAACACCAGCGGUAACAUGCGAUAGCUCAGAUCUAACAUUUUUGAGUUGAACUGUGUGCGUACUUCUGAAGACAUGAUUAUGACCUUGUUGCAUUCAAGUACUUUGUAGAGAAGGAACAGGAAUCAUGGAAUUGGAUUUUUAUCAGGAAUUUCUAUUUAUUGGGAAAAUCGUAUUUAAGCCAAAAUGAUAUUUUGCGCUUCAUUCAUUGACAGCCAUAGAAACAUUCACUGUGCUAUUUAGCUAGUCAGCUUGCUGAUGUUUUUCAUUCAAAUACAUGCUAUUUUCAAUGUGUAUAAAACAUACAAUACUCUUCAAAUGAUUAUUCAUAUGUGUAAAUAUGCACUACUUUAAUGACAAGACAAUGUGAUGUAGCUGUUUUGGAAAAUAAUAAUAAUGAAUACCAGUCACAGCAGCAAUCGUUCUCCCCUCUGCCAUGUUUAAAGUUUGUGGCCCGCCCAACUCGGGAACUUCAGUAUCAAAAUUAGCUCAGAGUUUCCCAGUGGUAAAUAUGACUUGAGAGGGUGUUCAUGUCCAAUUUUUAGCUAGAAAACGCAGAUAUAUUUACAAUAAUUCCGAUAGCAUGUGAAGGCAGCAUUACAAACUUAACAAGAUAAGACAGACCUGGGGGAGACAAUCAAGUGGAACACAACAUGAAGAACUACAAAGAUGGCAGACAGAACAGGAAACAUGAAGUAUAACAAAUGUCAGGGACAAACACAGAACAUAAUUACCAGAGAAAAAAAAUCACAUUCAUCCUCAUAGUAGAAGAGAUAUACCUCUUUUUGGCUUUAAUGGUUUAUGUUAUUAAAUGUAAUAAUUCUGGAGAUGUCUAAAAAGCCAAUCACAGGG